AUGGAGCCGCUGUCGCGGCUUAUGGGCGGUGCGGCGGGGGCGGGGGCGAGGGCGAGGGGCGCCCUGGUGCACGCCAGUCUCGCGGCCGCACCCCUGGCUCCCGACAAGAAGGGCCGCCACCUCACCGGCACGUUCUGCCUAACCGGCGACACGAUGGAGGGGAUCAUCCAGUGCCUCGUCUUCUUGAAGGCGUUCUCGACCCGAAACAAUGGCGACAUCGACAAAGCCGGC